GGUCUGGUGCUCCAUGGACAGCCUACAGCUCUGUCCCUCAGCGGAUUGGUGAAUAUGUGCGAUUUAUUUCUUUUUCCGUGUACUGGACAAUCCCUGUAGACUCUCAGCAGUUUGGCGAAAUGCAGUCGACUUCCAAGUGGAGGAAAUGCUCAAAAAUGUGGAAUUCAAGACAGCACUGGGCUAACUUUUGAGCGCUGUGCCCCCCUCUCCUCCGCACUCUCCAGUAUGAGGCGGUGGGGCAGAGCUACAGCUGCCCGGAGGAGGAUGUUCUGCUUUUGGCUGCUGCUCCUCGGGUUCGCCCUCGUAACACUGGCGCUGUCGGACCUGUUAAACCGCGACAAAAGCCACAGUCACAGGAAUCCUGGCCCUCCCCGCCGCCCCCUGCAGCGUUUCCCCAUUCCACUGGACCUGGAGGUCAUCGUGGACUCCCGGGACCCUGCCUUAGAGCUCGGCCUCGAUCUCGCCCCGCUAAAAUCUCUGCAAGAAGACCAGCUUUUAUUCGUGCCAUCCACGCAGGGCACCAAGAGCCCGCCGCAAAAGAAGGGGAAUUACAAGGUGCUUCUGCCCGGAACAAGUAAGAAUGCCACCGCUCCGGCGCCUCCGACGCGCGGCGAAAUGGGCAAAGCAGUGCAGCUACACCUGGAGGGUUCGGAGAGGGAAACGGAGCUGGCUGCAGUGCUGAAGUACGGGUUCAACGAGGUAGUCAGCGAGAAGAUUUCACUGCAUCGCAGGCUGCCUGAGGCGCGACAUCCUGGGUGUACGGGGGGGCAGUACAGCGAGUCGCUUCCGUUGGCGACUGUUGUUAUCUGUUUCCAUGACGAAGCUUGGUCCACGCUCCUGCGCACCGUGCACAGCGUCCUCGACACAGCGCCCAAACAGUAUCUGCAGGAGGUUCUGCUGGUGGACGACAUGAGCCAGCACGGUCACCUGAAGAGUGUCCUGAGUGAGUAUGUCUCACACCUGGAUAGGGUGCGUUUGAUUCGCAGCACCAAGCGCCUGGGCGUCGGAGGGUGCCGUACUCUGGGUGCUGCCAGGGCUGCAGGGGAGGUGCUGGUGUUCAUGGACUCCCACUGCGAAUGCCAGAAAGGCUGGCUGGAACCACUGCUGGAGAGAGUGGCCCAGGACAGGACCAGAGUGGUGUCCCCCAUCAUGGACAUGAUAGACUGGCAGACCUUUCAGUACAAUGCCACCCAGUGGCCAGUUAGAGGAGUGUUUGACUGGAGACUUGACUUCCACUGGGAAUCAAACCUUACGCUGCAAGACAAGGACCCAGACUCAGCUGCGCAUCCUUUACGGACUCCAGCAUUGGGAGGUGGAGUUGUGGCCAUCGACAGACAUUUCUUCCAAAGUGUGGGAGCCUACGACGCUGGGAUGCUGUUGUGGGGGGCGGAACAGAUUGAGCUAUCAAUCAGGGUGUGGUCAUGCGGGGGCACUAUGGAGGUGGUUCCCUGCUCUCGUGUGGCCCACCUUGACCACCACCAACUGCCGUACCGCUUCCCAGACCAGGAGCUGCUUCAGAGGAACAAGAUCCGCGUUGCAGACACCUGGAUGGACGCAUACAGGAAGAUAUUCUACAGGAGAGACACACUGGCUCAUUUCAUCAGGCAGUCUGACAGCCCUAACAUCACAGAGCGUCUGCGACUGAAGAAGAGUCUGGGCUGUAGAAACUUCCACUGGUACCUGACUACAGUUUAUCCACAACUCUACAUCCCCCAGGACAGACCUGCACUGUCAGGCGAGCUGUAUAAUGUCGGCGCUGGCAGCUGUGCAGACUACCCUCGAGGGCAGGGGCCACAAGGUGGGCCCAUGAAUGUAGCACCGUGCAGUGGGACGGGCAGCCAGCACUGUGAUCUAAACGUGGAGGGUGAAGUGCGAUGGGGUCCAAUGGGAGCUUUGUGUCUGGAUGCCAAGGGAGAGAGGGUGGUUCUCUCCCCCUGCCCCACCCACAAGCCAACCGCCAGCAGACUCCAGUGGAAGUUCAUAAAGCUGAGCGGUCAACUCGUUCACCAACAGUCUCAGUUAUGCCUGGAGGCUGUAAAGGAAGGAGGGCUCCCGCAGAACAGCACAAGAGAGGUCAGCAACCACGCCAGCACAAGAGAAGCCAGCAACCAGGCCAGCAGAGGAGGCCUCUUCCUACGCCCUUGCACCCAUCAGCCCAGACAACAGUGGCACUUUGAGCAGCUUGUGGCGCCUAAAGAUGCCUGAUACAGAAAGCACAGAGGCACUGGUGGACUUGCAAGAUAAGGAUCCUAGGCACAUAUUAUCAUAUAUUUACUAUGCAUAGCGGCAUACAGAAUGCCCUUAGUGAAAUGGUGUAGAAAAACAUACAAAAUAUAAUUUCUUUGCUCCACGUGGCCACUCAGCUUCUUUGUUCCUGUUUUAAGGAUUGCAAAUAGCAUUUACCGUGUUAAAUAGUAAAAAACAGAUGAUCUAUUAGUGAUAUCAGUUUUAAUAAUAUCUAUUAUUGUAUUGUAUAUUUAAUCAGAUACAGUAUGAAAAAUUUGUAGAGAAAAUGAUCUUAAAUUAUCUAUUACCUUUUACUUCAGUAAACGCUCUCAUUAAUUCAUGUGUAAAUGUGUUUGUGCACAUUUCUAAAACAUUUGAUUAUUUAGUAGACAGGAUCACAUUGAAAACCACUACAUCUCUAUAAAUUGAGUGCUGGAUAAUGGUUGGGGAAUUUUAAUUGCUGCAGCAUACAGAGACAUUUUAGACAAAAGUGUGUUUCCAGCUUUGUGGCAGCAGUCUGGGGAAGGCCUUUCCUGUUUCAACGUAGUAAUGCCCCUGUGCACAAAGUGAGGGCCAUGAUCAGCACAAAGCUUCUACCCUUACUGACUCUCGUGUGGCUGAAUGCUCAGGUGUCCACACCCCUUUACAGGAGAUUGAGAGAGAUGUCAAUCAAGCAGUCUGUACACACUCACACAGUCCUAAAAAAAUAACACCUGUGUGAGUGAACCAUGGUCUGACAGGAUUAA